GAAACUCCUCGUCCAAGCAAGCACCGGUGUUGAGAUUGUAGAGGCGGAAAAGACCUCCAUCGUCCUGCUGUGUGUACCAAACUGUGAGGCCAGCGGAACAGAAAUUCAAGUCCUGAACGCAGCAUCCUUCAAGAGCUGUGACCUGUGUGUACUCCAAGGGCAGUUCGAUCGCGUCCUCUAAGCUUGAAGAGUGAAACGAAGAACCUUGAAAUGGGCGCUGUUUUAAAACAAAACAAAAAAACAACAUUUUUACUCUCACAUACUUAGAUUUAACGACUUUCUGUCUGGAAAGCUCUGGUGCUGAAUUUUUAGGGGAUAACUCUCAGACCCCUUGAACUGAAAUCUCUGGUUACUGGAAACUUGUCCGGCACUUGCGGAAAGAGUUUGGACUUGAGUUGCAAUUCUGGAAAUGUAUUUUUUAGUUUCAUAUAUUUCAGGAAAUGAUUUAAGUAAUAAACCUUGAUUCUAAAGUGACUUUGGCCACUAAGUCCUGUAGAUCAAUUAUGUAUAUCUGGUGAUUUAGAUCAGUCACGGCAAUGCUCUGCGUGGAGACUGCCAGCUUUGUAAAAAAUCUUUCCACGACAGUACCAGUGGCCUCAUUUAGGUACUGGGCGAUUUUGAUGUCAAGAUGUUUUUCUACACCAGUAUUAACAUCAAAGAUGUCUAAAUAUAAAAAUUAUAUUUCUUUUUAAGAAUACAUAAUUUUCCACUUUCAUACCAAGUGUGCCAAGUUCCGAAAGUAGGUAAAUUUGUCCAUCACAAAUUUUAGCAUCAAUGAAUUUUUUGGCUGUGCUGAUCGCAAAGUCUUUUACCCAAAUGCCAUUUUCAUUCCACUCUAGAGACAGAAUGUAGCCAGUACGACAGACUAAUAUCACUUGAUGCUUUGUGAACCUCAAAAUUUGUGGCUCGAAGCUUCUCCUAUCACCAGGGAUAUCUAAUAUCAUUUAAUUAAAAAUCAAAUUGAAAUAAUAAUAAGAAUUUAAAACCUAAAAAAUUGGGCUGUCUCAAAUUUUUUGUUGUCAAUGGACAAAUCUUUCUGCCUUGGCGAAAUCCAAAGAUUGUAAUUUCCCCAUCCUUUGUGACAGUUGCUAAUUCUUCACUGUCUUCUGAAAACUUCAGGCUGAAAUUAAAAUUUGUUAAUAUAUUACAUUUGGAGCAAUUUAAAAUUAUAUUAAUGCCUGCAAAGUUUUUUAGCCGAUUUCCAGAUAAAAUCGCCGCAUCUGAACUGGCUGUUUGUUUGAAAAAUCGGAAUGACGAGUCCUUCAUUUCCCUUGCUCAACACAGCGAUGAGGUCGAGGUUGAACGAAAAUCCGAUGCUUUUCGCAUCCUUGACGAUGGUCAGGGGUCUCUUGAACUCGGCGAUGGAGAAUUUUUGGAUGUCCAUCUCAAGUGGCACAUUGGCAGCAGGUCAUCGUCGGACGCUGAUUCAGGUCCGCAUGACCUCCAAUUCCAAUGUUUACUCAGUCAUAUGGCCUGCCGGACCCGCCCCGCUCUUAGCCAAUCAGAGCACUGCUUUCAGAUCCAUUAUCCAGUCCGUGAGUGGCGCGCAAAAUAAGUCGUAGAAAAUUACACGUCACUUUUAGCCCGAAUUUACACCCUUUCUCACACCUCGGGGAGAAUCAAGGAUUUCGCCUCAAUAGGCAAAGUGCGCACGCAAUCGAGGACAAAUUUUUCCAUCAGCUGGCUUGGAAACAAGAACAAGUGGGCUGGGCUGUCAAAAUAAAGGAAGGCUAUUGACUCAAAUGCCAAUUUUUAGUGCUUGCUAGUUGCGAAAGCCAUUAUUUCGUGUCGCGUUUGCCAUUUUUGAUCGCGUUUGGCCGUGAAUUUGUGACAGAGCAGCAAGUGUUGAGAGCAGCCAAAAGAUGAGUUGGUUGGAAAACUCGGUGAACUUUGUGCUGAAGAAACUUGUCAGUUUAGAAGUUCCACCAAACAAAGUUGUCGAAGUCAAGGCUCAGGAGUUUAGCUCAAGGUUUGUCCGGAAGAGAGAAGAGUCACUGGUCCUCUACGGUCCAACCGAGACCAGAAACACCGACACCAAAUACGAGAUCGUUCUCAAUGUUCCUUUCAGGGAUGAGGCCUACAGCCUUUACCGAUCUGAAAACCUCAGGGAAGCUGAAGAAAGAUUUGAGACGUUCAAGAAUACAAUUCCAGCCUGUACUGAAAUUGCACCAGAGCUCUGCAAUACGUCUGACAUGCAACGAGUUUGUGACACGAUGGCUGAGCACAAAGGUUGGUCCGUGGGUCACCUAGUGGCCCAUAUGAGUCUUGUCGAAAGUGUGCAGAAUCCCCUUGUUUUGAGUUGCCUAAAUUUUGUGGAACCAACAUCUGGCCGUCUACCCCUGCACGUCGCAUUGGAAACUGGGAACAAGAAACUGAUCCAGGCUUUUGUUACACACGGUUCCUCCCUGAUCGCAAAAGACUGGGAAGGAAACACCUGCUAUCACUAUGCAGCAACCACGUCUCGGGAAAUUAUCCAGUAUUUGCAAGCAACUCUGAAGGACCAACCUGAGCUCUUGGAUGAAACCAACAAAGAUGGCCUCACUCCCCUCCAUUUGGCCUGUCUGGAGGACAAGCCUCCUUGUGUCGAGGCCCUUCUUCUGGCAGGCGCUAAUGCAAAUAUUCCUUCGAAGAGUGCAGGACCAAAAGAGCCGCCGCCAGUGAAACAGUUCCAGAGGGGUUUAGUAGCCGAGUACCUCCAAAGGAACCCCAACAAACUUAUUUAUCAGGACAUGAAAUUCGGAGGAACGCCCUUACACUGGGCAAGUUCUCGAGAAGUUAUUGAGACGUUAGCCGACAUGGGGUGUGAUGUGAAUGCAACAAAUUUCUCUCAAAGAACGCCACUCCAUGUGAUGGCAUCCAAGGGCAAACUGGACUGUGUCGUUGCCUUGCUCAGUUGCGGCGCCAUUGUAGAACUGCGAGACCUCCAAGGAGACACACCUUUGCACCUUGCUGCAAGGGAAAGGAGCAUUUCCGUAAUUCAGGCUCUGCUGAUCUAUGAAGCGCCUUUAGACAUCUUGAACAACAAAGGGUUUUCUCCGAGACACGAAAUUGCAUCUUCCGAAGAUGACUAUGUGCCUCAGAGACUUUGGGCUGUUCAUGCAGUUGGGGCCAAAAGGUGUCAGCCAGACACCUUUGGAUGCAAAGACGGUUGCAUCGCUGGCGGAACUUUUGAUGGUCUCCCGCCUAAAGAUCCCACAGUUGUUCUCCCGAGUCAACAAGGGAGGGAGAUUUUGGAAAAACUGGUGAAUGAAGGAGCAUUGGCUGCAAAAGAGGAUGGAGUGAGACUUCUUGCUUUGGAUGGUGGUGGCAUCCGUGGUCUGGUUUUGGUGCAGGUUUUGCUGGCCAUCGAGAAAGCUCUCAAUGGUGUUCCACUUACUCACGUUUUUGACUGGAUAGCAGGGACCAGCACAGGAGGAAUAUUAGCUCUUGGUUUAUCCACUGGGAAAACAAUACUUGAAUGUCAGUCCGUCUACUUGAGACUAAAAGAGCAAGUCUUUUGUGGAAAGAGGCCAUACAACAGCGAGCCCUUGGAAAAGAUGCUCCAGACUGCUCUAGGGGAGCACACAGUCAUGACGGAAAUCAAACACCCAAAAAUAACAAUCACGGGACUGCUGGCAGACCGUAAACCACCAGAAAUGCACAUGUUCCGCAACUACGACAGCGCCAUUGACGUCUUGACGGGAACACAUCACCUGCCAAACCGCUUGCCCUCCAAUCCCAAAGAAUACCACACACCCCCCAGUCCAAAAAGCCAAAAGCUCUGGGAGGCAGGUCGAGCCACUGGAGCUGCUCCUUCUUACUUUAGAGCAUACGGCCCAUUUGUAGACGGUGGUUUGAUUGCCAAUAAUCCGACUAUGGACGCUAUGACGGAAAUUCAUGAGCUAAACUUGGCUUUGAAGGCUGUUGGUCGAGGGGAUGAGGCUAAACCUUUGUAUGUAGUGGUCUCAGUUGGCACAGGAGAGAUUCCUCUUUCGCAGAUGGCUGAUUUUGAUGUCUUCCGACCUGAGAGCCUGUUUGAUACCAUGAAGGUUGCAAGAGGACUCUCAACUCUUGGCACUCUUCUAGUGGACCAGGCAACUCUUGCAACAGGCAGAGUAAUUGACAGGACGCGUUCAUGGUGUAGCUCAAUGGGGGUGCCGUUUUUCCGAUUUUCGCCACAGAUGUCAGAGGAGAUCGAGAUGGAUGAAAGAGACGACGCCAAGUUGGUUAACAUGUUGUGGGAGGCUAAAGCGUUCAUGCACAAGCAAACAGUGCCUCUGCAAAAAUUGGCCGAGUUGCUCCUUAAAAAUCGUAAUGGAAAUGUAAAGUGAUUUAUUUUCCAAAAGUGCGUAUAGAUUUUUUGAACUAAGGUCUAAAAUUGAAAAAAAAAAAUUAUUGCUGUUGCCGUUAAUUUUGAG